AUCUGGGCAUGAAAACAGCAGCUCCACCACCUCUCAUCCCACCCCAUCCCUUCCUCUCCCUGAGCUAAGAAACUCGGGUGUUUUGGUGCCCAGUCCAGGUCUGACCAGGAGCUCAGGCUCUGUUCUUUAAUGGCUCACUGAGCAGCCCAUCCCAGAUUUAUUAUCCUGAACCUUUCCUCCCCAGCUGUCAGAGAUCUAAUCAUCAAAUUUUAUCUUAAUAUCUAUGUUGGGGGUGAUAGGAGAGGAGGCAAGGAAGGGGAGCUAGAAAGGUGUAGAUGAAAGUCUAUGAGAACAAAUUGACCUCACCCUCUCCCCUGGAACCUCAGCUCCUUAUCUCCCCAUUCUAACAGUGGCUUUCCCUCCCUGGUACUUUUCCCUUCUCUUUUUCAGGGUAGGGGUGGAGGGAAAGAAGCUUGGUGUUCCAAUUGGUAGGUUCUGAAAAGAGCAUUUUCACCAGGGUGGUCUGUAUGUGUUGGACUGGGUACUCGUGGGCUCUGUCUCCACAGACACAGACCUAGAAGAGGGGGAGUCUGCAGUAAAGGGGGAUACCUGGAGACUGAGGCAGUAACGAGAACACAGUGGGUCGGCAAGGGAGCCUUGAGUCUUCCUCUUCCUUCCUUGUUCCCCUUAAGCACUAAUUCCUCAGCCUAACACUAGGCAGUGUCUGAGAGGACACUGCUCCUUGGACAUUGGGAAAAUUGCUAGAUGACCCUUAAAACACCCCCACUUCCCCAAUCCAAUUCCCCUCUCGAUCAGUCAUUCAAUAACCUUCAGGCAAAGGUAGAGGGAAGACACUAGGCACCACAUUAGAGUUAGAUGGAGUCCAAUUAUCUAUGGACCAUCAUCAUGUCCCUAGGAAAGAGGCCCGGUAGUAUUGUUCUUAACCCAGAAGUAAAAUCUGCAAUCAGAACUUUCCUCUCCUCCACCUUCUCUGUUUUCCUUUUCCUCUGGAACGCCUUCUCCCUGCCCUGUCCCUAUCCAGUUAUUUUCCCAGCUCCUCCCUCCACCAAGAGGACAGAAAUUCUAGUGUGUUCCCUUGGAGUAGUAGGGGGAGGCCAUCUACUUUGUCCUGCCCCACCUAUCACCAACCUUGACCAACAGGGAAGGGGUGGUGUCCCAUUACCACUUCACCCCUAAAGAUGUGGGUGUGGCUUGGGGCUGCUGGCAGAUAGAUAGAUGCAGUAAAGACAACAUAAAUUCAGAGCUGCCUGCCUCAAGAGACAGUCCCACCUCUUUCCAGCUUCCAUACCUGGCAGUCAUCUAUCCUGGCACUGCUGCUCAGGCCCAACAGAUAGGUGAUAUCCUCAAGAUGUCCACACCCAAUGUUUCCACCCUACUGCCUUUGUUCUUCUGGGCCAAUACCUGUAAUGGUGAAGUGCUAAGCAUGGAUGAUGCUGCAGUAACAACUGACUACCUGGCACUUAGAGUCAUAGUUGCCCUGGCCUAUGGACUGGUGGGAGUGAUAGGCCUCCUGGGCAACCUGGCUGUGCUAUGGGUGUUAGGUGGGUGUAAUCAACAAACCUCACAUCCAACAAGCGACACCUUCAUCUUCAGCUUGGCAUUGGCUGACCUGGGGUUGGCACUCACCUUUCCCUUUUGGGCAGCUGAGUAUGCUUUGGAUUUCCACUGGCCUUUUGGAGGCAUUCUCUGCAAAGUGGUUCUGACAGGCACUGUCCUCAGCGUUUAUGCUAGCGUCUUCCUCAUCACUACUCUCAGCAUUGUUCGAUACUGGAUGGUGGCCGUGGCUGCUGGACCAGGAACUUGCCUGUCAUCCUCACAAGCCUUUGGGACCAGCCUGGUAGCAUGGGUGGCUGCAGCUGCAGCAGCAGUCCCCACAGCAAUCUUUGGGGUUGAAGGUGAGGUGGGAGGAGUUCAACUGUGCCUGCUUCGCUUCCCUAGUAUUUGAUGGUUGGGCGCUUACCACUUACAGAAGGUCAUGCUGGCCUUUGUGGUACCUCUGAGUGUCAUAGCAAUGAGCUAUCUGAUGCUGCUGGCAUUCUUUCGGCGACAGCAGCUGAGGCAGAGGGACAGAGUGGUGUCCCACUCUAUCCGGAUUAUCAUUGUGUCCUUUUUCCUCUGCUGGUUCCCUAACCACGUUGUCAUAUUUUGGGGAGUCCUAGUGAAGUUCGACAUCGUGCCUUGGGACAGCACCUACUAUGCCCUUCACACCUAUGUCUCCCCUUUCACUGUCUGCCUGGCACGAAGUAACAGCUGCCUCAAUCCUGUUAUCUACUGCUUCUUGUGCCAGGAGUCCCAGCAGGCACUGGGCAAGGCCCUGAGGCAGCUGUGGGCACAGUUGCCUGGUGGGAGACGAGCCCAGCCAGAGCAAGUAGCCCUUCAAAAGAGGAGACAACAGGAGGUGGUGGACACCCAUAAGGGUGGGCUUUCCACCACUCUCACUAACAUGGAUUGGGGGGGUACAGAAACAAGAAGAUCUUCCCCCAUAUAAAUUAUAUUUCCCUCCCUUCCUAGCAUCUACAGGACACCAGACCCUGGCACCCAAGCCUGGGAAGGAGUUGUCCCAAACUCUGCCAGGCCAU